CUCGAGCCGAGAACACGAAAAAAUAAGUGAAUUUUAAAUUUUGAAAUAAAAUCUAAAAUAAGUCUAUAAUGGAAGGGCCCUGGAAAGAAAACAAUAGGCCUCCCCCUCGGAACGAGCCGUAUAUCCAUCCCGUAAAUGGGAUUGUUCAGCCGCCUGUGAUACCACCCCCUAACCGACCAGGCCGGCGGACCAAUCUUCUCGAGGACCUUAAAUCCGUCUUGAAUUAUAUCUGGCGGAGCCGUUGGUCGUAUCAUUUUCGUAAUCCCGUAGAUGCGAUCAGCUUACGAGUGCCCGAUUACCAUCAAGUCAUCAAACGACCUAUGGAUCUGGGUACGAUUAAGAAGCGAUUAAAAAAUAACUACUACUGGGAAGCUGAAGAGGCAUUGCAGGACUUCAAUUUGGUUUUUGACAACUGCUUCUUUUACAACAUGGAGGGCACACCGGUCAACCAAGCGGGGAAAGAACUCAAAGCCGCUUUCUAUAACCGCUUGGCGACCAUAGAUCUGUCCAAAGAGUGGGAGCUGCAGCCGAAGGUGGACAAACGAAAGCGAAAGGCGGUGGAGGAGCCGUUUCAGGCUCGGAAGUCUAAGCCUGUGUUGGGUCAGUGUCAGGCUCCGAAGUCCAAGCCGGUGUUGGAUCCGUUUCAGGCUCCAAAGUCAAAGCCUGAUUUUGAACCGUAUCAGGCUCCGCAGUCCAAGCCGGUGUUGGAUCCGUUUCAGGCUCCAAAGUCAAAGCCUGAUUUGGAACCGUAUCAGGCUCCGAAGUCCGAGCCUGUGUUGGAUCCGUUUCAGGAUCUGAAGUCGAAGCCUGUGUCUGCGCCUUCCAUCUUUCAACCGAUGGUUCCACCCUUUCCCUUUGCGCAGCCCCUCCAAGUUGGACCUUCGUUAAUACCUCAUGCAAUGCCCUCGCUUCCCGGCAUGAUGCCGAACGUGAUGCCAUCUUUUAUGCCCGACACCUUGAUUAAUCCUCUCAACACAUUCAUGCAAUUCAGCAACAUGACGACCCCGAUGGCGAUGGUAAAGGAACGUCAAGAUAUUAGGAAGAGUCUUCCUAAAACUCCGCCGAUUUUGAACCCCCUAUCUGGACUACCGCCCUCACUGAUUCGUGGCCCAAUUCAUAUGCCACCCCCUCCACCGUUACCACCUUCUCCGACUACAGUUUGCUCUACAGAACCUGAGAAACCGGAGGAACCAAUAAAGUCACCUACUCCACCGCCGCCACCGCCUCCGCCUCCGCCCAUUAUUUGUUACAAGGAGCUGGACAGGCUGAUCGAAAAGAGCCACGCUAUUCACCUGGUGAAGGCAAUGCGUAAAAGGAAACGUCGCCAAUUCACCUGGGCCUUCAACCGCGCCGACUUAUGGGCUCGCUACAGCCCGUUGCCGGUCCCAGACCCUGAUCAGGAGGAGCUGAUAGACUGGAGAGUACUGGAAGAGCGUCUGACUUCCGAUAAGUUUGAAAAUAUAAAUACUUUCGUGCACUCCGUACGAAAAAUGUUCCAGAGUGCACUUUGCUGGUUCCCUGACGAUAAUUUGGUAAAGGUAUCUGUGAAAAAAUCCAAUGAGAUCUUCGAACGAAGGCUCCCCAAGAUCAGGGAACUAAUAGCCAAGGCCAAGGAGCAUUCCCGAUCCGUAGUGGAAGUCAAAGAGAUAAAAAAAGCAGAAGAAAAACUUGAAAAAAUACCCGAGCCUAUAAAGACGCCAAUAGCACAGAGUCCGAAUGUCCAGCCGCAUCUGGAUAUCCCUAAACUACCGGAAACGACAGUACGAAGUAUCCAGUCUCCUAUGGAUAUACCUAAGCUACCGGAAACGGGUCCACAAGAUUUCCAGCCGCCUCUGAAUAUUCCUAAGCUACCGACAACGAGUCCACAAGAUUUCCAGCCGCCUCUGAAUAUUCCUGAACCGCCGCCCACGAGUGGACGAAAUUUCCAGUCGCCUCUGAACAUUCCUGAACUGCCGCCCACGAGUGGACGAAAUUUCCAACCGCCUCUGAAUAUUCCUAACCUACCGCCAUCGAGUGUACCAAAUUUUCAACCGCCUCUGAAUAUUCCUAAGAUGCCGCCAACGAGUGCACCAAAUUUCCAACCGCCUCUGAAUAUUCCUAAUCUACCGCCAACGAGUGCACCAAAUUUCCAACCGCCUCUGAAUAUUCCUAACCUACCGCCAUCGAGUGUACCAAAUUUCCAACCGCCUCUGAAUAUUCCAAAGCUGCCGCCAACGAGUGCACCAAAUUUCCAACCGCCUCUGAAUAUUCCAAAGAUGCCGCCAACGAGUGCACCAAAUUUCCAACCGCCUCUGAAUAUUCCUGAACUACCGCCCACGAGUGCACGAAUCGAGAAAUCCAAAAGUUCUUCAUCACACAGUCACCACAAUCGCGAGGAGUUGAAACAUUAUUAUAAGAAGAAAAUUUAA